GUUCUUCGUUCUUUCUGUGAGGAAGGCUGAAGUGAAAACAACCGUGGCUCAGGGUGGGACUCUGCAGGCCAGCGGGUUUACAUUUCCUCAUAAGAUUUCCUAUUUAAUUACUAAGAGAUUCCUGGCCACAUGUACGUCUCAGAGUAAUUAGUCGACAAAGGGUGGAUAUUUGCGGAGAGCUGGGUGAGAUUAGUACAGAAAUCCGUGUGAACAUCGAGUAAAAAGUGCGGACACAGCAAUGGACGAAAAGGCGUUUACGAAGGAGCUGGAUCAGUGGAUUGAACAGCUGAAUGAAUGCAAACAGCUGUCAGAAAGUCAAGUGAAAACCCUCUGUGAAAAGGCUAAAGAAAUCCUGACCAAGGAGUCUAAUGUGCAGGAAGUGAGAUGUCCGGUCACUGUCUGUGGAGAUGUUCACGGCCAGUUUCAUGACCUCAUGGAGCUCUUCAGAAUCGGAGGAAAGUCACCUGACACAAACUAUUUGUUUAUGGGAGAUUAUGUAGACCGAGGUUAUUAUUCUGUGGAGACGGUAACUCUGCUUGUUGCUCUUAAGGUAAGGUACCGUGAGCGCAUUACUAUUCUUCGAGGGAACCACGAGAGCAGACAGAUCACGCAAGUCUACGGCUUUUAUGACGAGUGCCUACGGAAAUACGGCAAUGCGAAUGUUUGGAAAUAUUUCACAGACCUCUUCGAUUACCUUCCCUUAACUGCCUUGGUAGAUGGUCAGAUAUUCUGUCUUCAUGGUGGAUUGUCACCGUCCAUAGACACUCUUGAUCACAUCAGAGCACUGGACCGUUUACAGGAGGUUCCUCAUGAGGGGCCCAUGUGUGAUUUAUUGUGGUCAGAUCCAGAUGACCGUGGAGGUUGGGGUAUUUCUCCUCGAGGUGCAGGCUACACCUUCGGGCAGGACAUAUCUGAGACGUUUAACCAUGCAAACGGACUUACUCUGGUCUCUAGAGCUCACCAGCUAGUGAUGGAGGGUUACAACUGGUGCCAUGAUCGCAAUGUGGUUACAAUCUUCAGCGCGCCCAACUACUGUUACCGCUGUGGUAAUCAGGCCGCUAUUAUGGAGCUGGAUGACACUCUGAAGUACUCAUUCCUGCAGUUUGACCCCGCCCCUCGCAGAGGAGAACCGCACGUCACCCGCCGUACUCCCGACUACUUCCUGUGAACCUUUCCUUUCUCCUCUGUGCAGUAUUGUCACAAUAUCAUAAUCUUCAUUCAGUUUAAAAUAAGAUGACAGGAAUGGGCAACAUAUAAAAAGAAAACUGAUCAAGUGAAAAUUGUCUGUGGACCAAAGUUGUGUGCCAUAAACAAACAGAUUCAGAAGUCUUUAUCUGACAGCACGACUAUAAGAUAUCCUGUCCCAUCUUGAUGCUUUCCUCCAGUCCUUAUAUGAAUGCAUUGAACAGGCUGUGAAAUGCUCUGUUCUUCAUCAGCCCCAUUUGUGUUCUUUCCUUUUCUAUAUGUGUCUGUUUGCACUUUUUUCCAACAGAACAAAUACUAAUACAGUCAGAUUUACACAAUGUUUUUUCUGUUGUUUUAUUUUCAUGUGGUAUGGGAGGAAGAAGAUUAGAUGAUGAUUUUAUAAUAACCAGUAUCUAAGAGGAUAAUCUUUCCUACAGUGAAAUCCUGUUUAAAACAAAUGCCAACCGAGUCAUGUGUGACCGGCGGAAAUGACGUGCCGUCAUAGGAAUGCUGGCAUAACUUCUUAUGAUGGUUCAGUGUCUGUUUAAAGGGUACCAGUUUAAAAAUAAAGAUGAAAGUUGCUCAA